CCCUUUCCUUAUUUGUUUGCUUGUCAAUUUGUGGGUUUGGAAAAGAAAGAAACUCACCGAAGCAAAAGUUGAUUUGAGAAAAAAAUGAGAUGAUCGGAGCAGUUCAAUUGGGAGUGGUGGCGGCUUGCGUGGUGGUUCUAGUUCCGAUGGGCAUGGCCGGUUACCAUCUCAGCCGCAACAAGAUGCUCUUCUUCAGCGGCGCCCUCUUCAUCACUCUCGCCAUCGGCGUCCACCUCACCCCUUACUUCCCUUCCGUCACCGACUUCGUCACCUCCGUCUCCUCCGUCGUGGUUUUCCAGAACCGCCGCGACUCCUGCCUCUCCCACCUCCACGACGUGGUCUGGGACGUGACUCCCGACAACUCCACCGCCUCCCUCACUUACCACAAGUCCUGGGCCUGGGACGCUUCCUCCUCCUCCGUCUCCGCCUGCGGCUUCCAGAAGCUCGCCCGCCUCGACGCCGCCGAUCUCCUCAACGGAUCUUGGGUCGUCGUCGCCGGCGACUCUCAGGCGAGGCUGGUGGCGGUGUCGCUGCUUAACCUCGUUUUGGAUUCGGAGCGGAUGGACAAGAUCCGGAGCGACUUGUUUAAGCGGCACAGUGAUUAUCAGAUUGUGGUUGAUGAGAUUGGGAUGAGGUUAGACUUCUUCUGGGCGCCUUAUGCUCUCAAUUUGACCACUCUGCUUGAGGGUUUCAAUCGAAAUCGGAACUAUCCUGAUGUGUUAAUCAUGGGCUCUGGCCUCUGGCACAUGCUGCAUUUCUCUAACGCAUCCGAUUAUGGUGACUCAUUGCAAUCAUUGAGCAGCCGUGCCGCUUCUCUUGUCUCUUCAUCUGAGCAUGAAGAGGCAGCAACAGGGUCGGUGCUGGCCAGACCUCCGCCGCAUCUGUUCUGGAUUGGGAUGCCCACCUUGAUCAACUCGAUGCUGAAUUCGGAGGAGAAGCGGGACAAGAUGACUGAUGCCUUGAGGGCUGCCUAUGAUGAGCAGCUCCGACAGAGUAAUCUUGUUCGCCAGUCGAGUGGCCCAUUUUUACUGUUGGAUGUUGAGUCCUUGAGCUGGAAUUGUGGGGUGAGGUGUACAGAGGAUGGAAUGCACUAUGAUAUGCCGGUUUAUGAAGCCGCGCUCCAUAUCAUGCUCAAUGCCUUGCUUAUCGAAUCUCAUCAGAAGCUUUGAGUUUAUGAGUUGUCUUGCUCAUGCAUUGUGUCCUGCUGCUGCUGCCUUAUUGGAGGUUUGGAGUCCGUACGCAACUCUUUCAUUCUGGUGAGAGGUUGGUGGGCUCUUUUUCUUCUCUCUUAUCUUGUAUCCUUGAGUGGAUAAGUGUUGCGUUGCUGCCAGGUUUUUCUCUCUUGGCAUAGGAUUGAAUUAGAAUAGAAUUUCUGUGAUAUAGUCAUUGUUGGUUAAAUUCAUUUGUAUCGUGUUUACAUUUCUUUCAAUAUUGAAUAUACUUACAACCACUUGUAUUCUACACUACAUACUCAGACAAUUCACAUUAAAAGAUGUAAUUUGAUGUGAAACAAUUCAGAAAUACGGUUUACCUGGAUAGGAAAGAAAUCCUUACUUUCUCUUUACUCUUUGCAA